GGCUGACGGGCUUAGCCGGCGAGCCAACCGUUCUCCAAGCUCUUGCCUUAAAAAAAAGAAAGCGCAUUCCAAAAGACCCGGAUGAGAGACGCCACACCUUAGAUGGCUGCCAAACUAGCACCGGAAACAGAAGAGGAGUCAUUUCCUCCCCGCCGUCUCUUCCUCUCGGCGCGCCAUUCGAGGCGAGUCGCGAAGACGUAAUCGCUGGGCGACAGCGAGGAGAAGACGUUGCCUCGUGUAGCGCCAUGGAGGAGGCUGAGGAGAAGCUUCCGGCCGCCGUAGCGGCUCCCCCGGCGUCCGCCCUGCCGCCCUGCGUAGAGCUGCCUUCCUUCGAGGCGGCCCGGGCGCUGACGGAGAACCGCUACUCGUGCCUGGUGGUGACUCCGCAGCGGAGGCACGUCGCCCUGCCGCCGCGCUUCCUGCACCGCAAGAGGACGGGCAUCCGCGCGCAGCUGGACGCCGAGCUGCGCCGCUUCUCGGAGAGCUUUCAAGGUGUUCCUGUGGCUUAUGAUGAUAUUAAAAUAACAAAGGAAGUGGGAGAUAUAAUUGAUGACAUUGGAGCUGUCCAUCUGGACAUUGAGGCAGAUUUUGUCGUGUUCCAGCCUAAAGAAGGGAAAAAACUUGUGGGUACAAUCAAUAAAAUGGCACCUAGUCACAUAGGCUGUCUGGUACAUGGCUGUUUCAAUGCUUCCAUCCCCAAACCUGAUCACAUGUCAACCGAUGAAUGGAAAGACCUUGGCUUCCAAAUAGGCAACAGACUGAUAUUUAAAGUAUUGUGUUUUGAUUCAGAUGCUGCUGGAGUGUUCUGCAUCAAAGGAAAACUCUGUAGAAAGAGCAUUGGAGAAGAGUUCAAGGAAAAGCACAAGGGAAAACAUGAAAAGCCCCAUGAUGUGCAGAACGGCACAGAGGAGAUGGAGAUGGACAUAGCGACAGCUGGUGUUGAAGAGAUGAGAAACAACGACGGGGAUAAUGGAAUGUUUGAUAUGUCAGAUCAAGGGAAUGGGCAACACAGAGCAGACCUGGGACUGCAUGCAAGUGACUCAAGUGGCUACCAUAGUGAUCACAGCAAAUCUAAGAAAAAGAAGAGAAAACUUGGCGAGGAAGAAGGUGUACUUCCUGGAUUAUUAAAUCCCAAAGCUAAAAAGAAGAAAAAGCAAUGAGAAAUAGUAUGGAUAAUACCAAGUGCCUUAACCUGAACCUAGAACUCUUCCAUCAGGUGUAGUUGGAGAAGGAAUGCUGUUGUAGAUUAUCUACACACACAGGAAAGAUGAAUAAAAUAAUAUGAAACAAUAUAAGAAAAGAACUUAGGUUUUUAGCUGCCAAAGACUGUAUUUUAUGAAAUCCAUUACCAACAAACAAACUAAAAAUCCAGUCCUCCCUCUAUUAUUACGUAUCUUUUCUUCUGCCUGCUGGCACAGACAGGGAGGAAUGGGAACUGAAAUCCAUCAAUAUCUAGAGGGUUGCUUCUUGAAUGGUGCAAGUAUGUAUGGAUUGUGUUUGAUCCAGUCAGCACUAAGACCCACAAAUACAAAAAUAUACUUUUAAUGCACAUAACGACAAUGAACAAUAAUGGAACAAAGGUUCCUUUUUCACCAUUAAGUCUGUUUCAGACUUCUCCCAAUUAGUCCUUGGGAAAGGUUUUCUCAACAAUUUGGGGAAUGUGCUCCAAUAAGUCUUCUGAUCCAGGGAUUGAUAACUUCUCAGUUAAAAGUUUUCUUUUGCUGAGAGGCUGUUCUCCUGAGAUGCAGAUUGGAUUGCGGGGGGCCGGGGGAGACAAAAAUUGGUCAUUUGCCCUGUCUUCCCAGGACAAGUUGGGAAUAUUGUACUAUGUUUAGACUGAAGGCUGUCAGAAACCACCUUUGCCUUGACAUCCCCAGAGCAGUCAGUAUUCUUUCAAGUAUUAUGAAGAAUUUUGGGGAGUCAUGCUGUAUCCUUCUUCUCAAAAUAAAAGAACUUAGUGAGAAAUUGCUUCUGAACAUCCAUAACUUAUAUUUUAAUGGACUAAAUCUGGCAUUUAGUUACAUCUAGAAAUUGAAGUCUCUAAAACAUGUCUCUUAAUUAUUUGUGAUGAAUAACUAUUUUUAUAAAUUUACAAAGGUGAUGUAAUGCCUGGAGCCUUUUUGGUGUGAUUUGUUUUUGUUUACAGCUGGAGUCCCGUCAUGGUAUCUUUUUCAGGGAAUAAAUGCAGUCAAAAAGCAAAUAAACAGAAUAUUCUUUUUUAAAAAUUCUUGUAGCAGUUGGGAUUACAAGCUUAAAAUUGGGGGAAAUUUUAAAUAAAUUGCUUUUACAGAUAGA